GUCUAGCCGUCUCCCUGGGCGCGGAGGAAGACCCGCGCUACUUCCCACCCGGCGCGCUCCUCUGCCGGACUGAGCAGCCAGGCGCGAGAGAAAACAAACAGCUGGGACUGCGAGCGCCCCCGCCACGGCCUCGGCCCCAAGAGCACGCCGGCCUCGGCCCCGGCCCCCACCGGAACGCCCGUACGCCCACCAUGAGGAAGAUCCGCGCCAAUGCCAUCGCCAUCCUGACCGUAGCCUGGAUCCUGGGCACUUUCUACUACUUAUGGCAGGACAACCGAGCCCACGCAGCAUCCUCCGGUGGCCGGGGCGCGCAGAGGGCCGGAGGGAGGCCAGAGCCACUCCGCGAAGACCGCACCAUCCCGCUCAUUGUGACAGGAACACCCUCAAGAGGCUUUGAUGAGAAGGCCUACCUGUCAGCCAAGCAGCUGAAGCCUGGAGAGGACCCCUAUAGGCAGCAUGCAUUCAACCAGCUGGAGAGCGACAAGCUGAGCCCAGACAGGCCCAUCCGGGACACUCGCCAUUACAGUUGCCCGUCCUUGUCCUACUCCUUGGAUUUGCCAGCCACCAGUGUCAUCAUCACCUUCCACAAUGAGGCACGCUCCACCCUCCUGCGUACAGUGAAGAGUGUCUUGAACCGAACUCCUGCCAGCUUGAUCCAGGAGAUUAUUUUAGUGGAUGACUUCAGUUCUGAUCCUGAAGACUGUUUGCUCCUGACCAGGAUUCCCAAGGUCAAGUGCCUACGCAAUGACCGGCGGGAAGGGCUGAUCCGGUCCCGGGUGCGUGGGGCAGAUGUGGCAGCAGCUGCCAUCCUCACCUUUCUGGACAGCCACUGCGAAGUGAACACCGAGUGGCUGCAGCCCAUGCUGCAGCGGGUGAAGGAGGACCACACCCGUGUAGUGAGUCCCAUCAUUGACGUCAUCAGUCUGGACAAUUUUGCCUACCUGGCAGCAUCUGCUGACCUUCGUGGAGGAUUUGACUGGAGCCUGCAUUUCAAGUGGGAGCAGAUUCCGCUGGAGCAGAAGAUGACCCGGACAGACCCCACCAAGCCCAUCAGGACACCUGUCAUAGCUGGAGGAAUCUUUGUGAUUGACAAGUCCUGGUUUAACCACCUGGGAAAGUACGAUGCCCAGAUGGACAUCUGGGGAGGCGAGAAUUUUGAGCUGUCCUUCAGGGUGUGGAUGUGCGGUGGGAGCUUGGAGAUCGUGCCCUGCAGCCGCGUGGGCCACGUCUUCAGGAAGCGGCACCCCUACAACUUUCCCGAGGGCAAUGCCCUCACCUACAUAAGGAAUACCAAGCGGACUGCAGAGGUGUGGAUGGACGAGUACAAGCAAUACUACUAUGAGGCCCGACCCUCGGCCAUUGGGAAGGCCUUUGGCAGUGUGGCCACUCGAAUUGAGCAGAGGAAGAAGAUGGACUGCAAGUCCUUCCGCUGGUACCUGGAGAACGUCUAUCCGGAGCUCACGUGAUGUCCCGUGAAAGAAGUGCUCCCUGGCAUCAUUAAGCAGGGGGUUAAUUGCUUAGAAUCCCAGGGCCAGGACACAGCUGGUGACUUCCUGCUGGGAAUGGGGAUCUGCAGAGGGUCUGCCAAGAACCCCCCGCCAGCUCAGGCAUGGCUGUUUAGUGACCACCUCAUCCAGCAGCAGGGGAAGUGUCUGACUGCCACCUCCACCUUAAUGUCCUCCCCGGGGUCCCCGGUCAUACUGCAGGUGUGCAACCCAAGAGAAGGCAAGCAGAAAUGGAGGAGAAAAGGAUCUUUCAUCCAGCACUCCGUCAGUGGCCUCUGCCUGGAGACGAAGCCUGCCCAGCUGGUGGCCAGCAAGUGCCAGGCUGAUGCCCAGGCCCAGCAGUGGCAGCUGCUGCCACACACAUGA